AGCUGGCAGUCACAGCUGAGCAGGCGGCCUGGCUUAGAAAUUUGAUAAGAACAUCAUCAGGAAAGAGUUGUCAACAUGGAGAACUGUUGUGAAGGCGUAGGAAAUUUUUUUGGCCGGCAAAAGAACACCAAUAUUCGUGUUAGGCUGCCGGCAAUCUGCUUCGUCUGGCAAAUUGCUAUGAUUAUACUAUUUGGAGUUUUUGUCCGGUAUGAUGAUGAGUCAGACGUACAGAAAUGGAUAGAGCACAAACAAAGUCACAACAUCACCAGCGAUAUUGAAAAUGACUUCUACUACAGAUAUCCCAGCUUUCAGGACGUCCACGUCAUGAUCUUUGUUGGAUUUGGUUUCCUCAUGACCUUCCUGAAACGGUACAGCUUCAGUGGUGUGGGCUUCAACUUCCUGAUUGGUGCCUGUGGUUUGCAGUGGGCUCUUCUCAUGCAAGGCUGGUUCCACUCGCUUGACCCCAACACUGGGAAAAUCUCUAUCGGAUUAGAAAGGUAAAUUUUUACUGCAUAUUAUAUAUGUAUAUAUAUAUAUAUAUAUAUAUCGCCCCUCCUGGGAAAAGUAAGCCCCAUCCAGCUGAUGGUUGUCACCUUAUUUGGUGUCACGCUAUUUGCUGUGGAGGAAUACAUCAUCCUCGACCUUCUUCAUUGCAGAGAUGCUGGUGGCUCCAUGGUCAUUCACACCUUCGGAGGGUACUAUGGUUUGGCCAUCUCCUGGGUCCUCUACCGACCAAACCUACACCAAAGUAAACGCCUCAAUGGAUCGGUCUACCAGUCUGAUCUCUUUGCCAUGAUAGGUACACUGUUUCUGUGGAUGUUCUGGCCCAGUUUCAACUCGGCCAUCACAAACCAUGGCGACGGACAGCUCAGAACAGUCAUCAACACUUACCUCGCCCUCGCUUCCUCUGUUCUCACUGCGGUGGCCAUCUCCAGCAUGUCUCAGAAAAGAGGAAAACUGGACAUGGUGCAUAUCCAGAAUGCCACUCUGGCAGGUGGUGUUGCCAUGGGAACAUCAGCAGAGUUCAUGAUCACUCCUUAUGGUUCACUAAUCGUGGGUUUCUGCUGCGGCAUCAUCUCCACCUUUGGCUACGUGUUUGUCACGCCCUUUUUGGAGAAAUACCUCAAGAUCCAGGAUACAUGUGGUAUCCACAACCUGCAUGCUGUGCCAGGGAUGCUUGGCGGAUUUGUAGGUGCCAUUGUUGCUGCAGCCGCCAGUGUAGAGGUCUAUGGCAAAGAGGGGUUGAUCCAGACAUUUGCCUUUGAAGGCAAUUUUGCAACCAGAUCUGUGUUAACCCAGGGAGGCUUCCAGGCUGCUGGCACAUGUGUGGCUAUUGCAUUUGGACUUGUUGGAGGUGCACUUGUUGGUUUCAUUCUGAAGUUCCCCAUUUGGGGUGACCCUGCUGAUGACAACUGCUAUGAUGAUGAAGUUUACUGGGAGGUUCCUGAGGAUGAGGAGACCAUCCCUCCUGUUUUGGAGUACAACAACCACAUGAUACACAAGCACCAAGACAUAUCCGAGUCAAACUUCUCUGUGGAGCAAAGUUAAAGGUCAACACCCUCAUAUCACGUGGAACUUAAUACAACUGUUAUACAACACUAAUUCAUGAAGGAGCAACACUCAAAUUAAAUUUUACAAGAAAGGAACAAUAUUUUUGACAAACAGGUCCUCUGCCACUCGUCUUGCACCAUUUACACAUGAUACAUUUGUUUAACACCUUUGCCAAUGAUUGGAAGCUUAAUGUUACGACGAUGGAGACCAAAUAUCUCAUUAAUGGAAAAGUUAUCCUGAAUCAAAACUGGUAUUAUUUUAGAAGGAAAUUUUAAAAUAUAUUUGCAUUCUUUUUCAUUUUGGUUGAAACGUUAUAUUAUUUGCAGAUGCAUAAUGAUAUCAUGAGAAGUCAGACUCUUUGUUUAUGUUGCAUAAGCUGGUUAUAAUGCACAGAAGAACUGAGAAAAGUUUGUAGAUCACUUAUUGUACAUCUUUUAUCUUUAAGGACCAUUAAAGAUUAUUUAAUGUAUUAUAAAAUUUUUAUUGAUAAUGUUUGCCAUUUUAUUUGUUAUAAAUGAAAAGUCUGUUAACAUACAGUUUGUUUAGUUGUGCAUGCAAAUAAGAAUGCGUUAAGUAAAUAAUAAAAAAAUUUUGUGCAGCCAAAUUAGGCAAUUUUUUUUAUUGUAUGUCUUACUUAGUUAUUUCUUUCAAAUAAUGUAUAGGUCUUUGUAAACUGCAUGUACGUAUUUUAACCCCAUUAUUUGUUUGGAAGUUUUGAAUAACUACUGUAACUAUGAUACAAUUUCCAAUGAUUUGGUUGCUAUAGUGUUAAAUAUUCUCCAAUACAUUAUAUGUGAUUUUAUGUGAUAAUCGGCUUGUUUUGUUAUUGACAUAUUUUCAGAUGUGCACAUUCAUAAAUCACAUGUAACUGAAAUUAAACAAUAACGUUAUA